AUGGACAAUUUUGAGCGCCGCUUUGGUGCUGAUUAUACGGCAGUCCAUGCGGCCUGGUGGCGCAUGGUCAACCGGACGAACUGGGUCCGGGUCGACCUCUCCAUCAACUGCCUCUUCCUCUUCCUCAACACGCUUGAGGACGGGCCGCUUGCCUUCGAGUCCCCCACCGCAUAUAAUCGCCGAUUACACAGAAAUUGGGAGCAAUACGUGGACCAGUGCAAUGUCGUGGGCCGGGUUCAAGAAGGGCGUGAAUCGCGCCACCACGCAGGCCAAGUGGAGAGGACGAACGACCGGGACUACGAGGUCGAGGAGAGGAGGUACCGGACCAUGGAAUCAGCCGCGAAUCGGUUGCAGAAGGAAGCCAAAGGGUAUCUAGACAGCCUGCGAGCAAUGACAGCAUCCCAAAUGAGGAUAGCAGAGACGAUCGACGCAUUCUACGGCGACGCUGGUACCAGAGAUGGCGUCUCACGAUCAUACAAGCAGGCCGUCGAGGACUUGGACGCCGAAACCAUCAAGGCGCUUGAUGGCCCAUACCGAGCAACUGUCCUUGAACCGAUCUCCCGCUUCUGCGCAUACUUCCCCGACAUCAAUGAAUGCAUCAAAAAACGAAACAAUAAACUCCUCGACUACGAUUCUAUGCGUUCCAAGGUCAAGAAACUCGUCGAAAAACCAGACAAAGAUGUUACCAAACUGCCCCGUGCGGAAAAAGAAGCCGAAAUGGCAAAGCAGGCGUAUGAGCAACUCAACGAACAAUUAUUCACCGAACUCCCUCAACUCAUCGAUCUCCGUGUUCCCUACCUCGAUCCCAGCUUUGAAGCACUCGUCAAAAUUCAACUCAGAUUCUGCGCAGAGGCAUACAGCCGAAUGGCACAAGUGCAGCAGUACUUGGACCCAGAAACCAGAGAACAAUAUGCGCGUGGAGACCUGGACAAUCGCGUUGAGCAAGUGCUUUCCGAGAUUCGAGAUUUGACCAUAGCUGGAACUGUCUAA